AUGUUGCACGUCACUAAAUCGGUCUGCCAGCGAGAAGUGCCCGCGGAAGUAAGCAAAGGACUGUUUCGUUCCAGGGCAUCGCAGGAAUCCUGGAUGGAGGGCUCCGGCGCCGGCGCCGGCGAAGACGAAGCUGCGCCGGUUUUCAACAGAGAUGAGAUGAUUGCUGGAUUAAGGGCGGAUAAGGCGCGAGCGUACAGAUUCAUGGUUCAAAUCCUGGAUUUGGCCAAUCGCCAAAUACUCAGCGUGGAAAGGUGGGAGGAGUCCCUAAUAGUUGCUGUUGGGGCCGUUGGUGCUGGACUCGGCGGGGUGAGGAUGGAAUUCAAGGAUGAAGUUAAGAGAGUUGAAGGUUUCGUGAGGAAGGGAAGGAAAGGAGCAUAGGCCCUGGUAUCCAGCUGUCAGGAGAAGAAUCUACUACUACAUGGAGUCGGUCCU